AUGGCAGUGCCAGCGACGCCGGAUGCCGUCAGGCACGUUCCGGCCGAUCCCGUGGCAGCAGCGCUAGCAGCGGCAGCGGCGGCGAGCCCAGCCGUGAAGCGCGCCGAGCUGCGAGCCGCCGUGCGGGAACUGCGCGACCGAUGCCUGUUCCAGGCGUCCUCAUGGGCCGCAGAGCAGCCGAUCAGCCUGCCCGGCAUGCCGUCUCCCCAGUGCGCUGGACCCAUUGCCAAUCUCCCGCCCAAUGUUUAUCCAUCGGCUGCAGAGCAGCUAAUUGGCCUACCCGCCAUGCCCUCCCAGUCAGAAUCUGCAGCAGGGGACAGCAGAGAGGAGCGAGGAGCAAGGGACGGGCAGGCAGGGGCUGCCAAGGCAGAGGCACACACGACAGGAGAGGCAGCAGGAUCAAAAGGGACGGCGCACGGGGCUGAAGGAGGAGCGGCGGCGAUAGGUGAAGUGAAAGGGACGGAGGCUGUGGAGGGGGAGGAGGAGGAUUCGGACGAGGUGCUGUUUGCGCGGGCGCUGUUUGAUGUGAGGGAGUUCAGGAGGGCGGCACACGUGCUGGAGGGGGUUCAAGGGAGGAGGGCGCUGUUCCUGCGCUGCUAUGCGCUCUACCUUGUGAGUGAAAUAAGUAGGUGCUUUUUGCGCGGGCAUUGUUUGACAUGGGAGUUCAGGAGGGCAGCACAUGUGCUCGAAGGGGUGGGGGGGAGGAGGGCUUUGUUCCUGCGCUGCUAUGCACUCUACCUGGUGAGUGAUACGAUGAUUGAGGUGCCACAAGACGAGGUGUUGUUUGCGCGGGCGCUGUUUGAUGUGAGGGAGUUCAGGAGGGCGGCAAACGUGCUGGAGGGGGUUCAAGGGAGGCGAGCCCUGUUCCUGCGCUGCUAUGCGCUCUACCUUGCAGGCGAGAAACGCAAGGAAGAAAUCAUUCUAGAAACCUCAUCCCAGCAGCAGACCCUCCCGGGAACCAACCAGCAGCAGCAGUACCCGCCCGUACCCUGCUCUUCUUUUGAGGCGCCUCAAAAGUCUUGUGAGGCGCCUCAAAAACCAACCAGCAGCAGCAGUACCCGCCCGUACCCUGCUCUUCUUUUGAGGCGCCUCAAAAGUCUUGUGAGGCGCCUCAAAAACCAACCAGCAGCAGCAGUACCCGCCCGUACCCUGCUCUUCUUUUGA